GGUUUCGGUUUUUGCUUUAGUUGAGAGAAAAUCGUCGCUUAGUUAACGUCGCCCCAAAAGAAAAGCACAAAAAAACGCACCUCGAACAGAUCGCAAAUAAAUUAAUAAUAAAAAAAAAGUCAAUCAAUUAGCGAAUUCAUCAGCCAAAGGCCUAACUAGUGUUGUGUUUAUAAAAUUUUGUGUAAAAUUUCUGUGCAUGGUUUCUGAAGGUUAAACCGAAAAAUCGAAUAUCCGACAGCAACAAAAUUAUAUAUAUAUAUAUAUAUACAUAUACAUAUAUAUACAUAAAUUUGUAUAUAAGCAAAUCCCUUACGAAACAACAACAAAAUCUAGUGUACAACAAUUAACCAACAGUUUCGAAUUGUUCAAGAAACAACAACAUCUACAUUUACAACAACAACAACAACAAAAGCAGCAACAAACAUUUUCUGGACACGAACUAGAAAAUUUAGUACGUCGCAUCAGUUUUUGGCCAGCGCUCAGAUACAGAUACAUCUGCGGCCAGCAGCAGCAGAAAUCAGAUAAAAUAUAUUCAACAAAAAUUUUUAGAAACUUUUCAAGCUCCCCCCGCAUCCCCUCAGCAAAUUCCGGCUUAGUGCAAUAGGAAAAUGGCCCAACCACAAUUGCUGCAAAUCAAAUUGUCACGUUUCGAUGCCCAGCCCUGGGGAUUUCGCCUGCAGGGCGGUGUGGACUUUGCCCAGCCGCUGUUAGUGCAAAAGGUCAACUCGGGCAGCCUUUCGGAGCAGGCUGGCCUGCAGCCGGGCGACGCAGUCAUCAAGAUCAACGACGUUGAUGUCUUCAAUUUUCGUCACAAGGAUGCCCAGGACAUUGUGGUGCGCUCGGGCAACAAUUUUGUCAUCACAGUGCAGCGCGGCGGCUCCACCUGGCGCCCACAUGUGACGCCCACCGGCAACCUGCCCCAGGCCAAUUCGCCCUAUUUGCAGACAGUGACGAAAACUUCUCUGGCUCAUCAUCAACCGGACAGCCAGCACAUUGGUUGUGGCUACAACAACUCGGCGCGUCCAUUUGCCAACGGUGGCGGCGAUGGCGGCGUGAAGAGCAUCGUCAAUAAACAAUACAACACCCCGGUUGGCAUUUACAGCGAUGAAUCUAUUGCGGAAACACUCUCCGCCCAGGCGGAGGUUUUGGCUGGCGGUGUGCUCGGUGUCAACUUUAAGAAGAACGAAAAGGAAUACCAGGCCGAUCGCUCGGAGGUGCUGAAGUUCCUGCGCGAGGAGGAAACAGGUGGAUCAACUCCAGAGCCGCACAGCCCAGCCAACUUCUACUGGACGCAGAGCCACGCGAUUGGCGGCAACGAGCGACGCACGCCGCUGCCCCACAGCCAAAUGCAGGCGCAGUCGCAGUCGCAGGCAGGACGCCAGGAUGAGCGCAUCGGCACCAAUUUACAGCAAAAUACGCUGGCGCCGGCGGCCACGCACAGGCCCAGUCUGCCGGUUGCGAAGCCCCAUCAGGCCGAAGAGGAGCAGCUGCAGCAGCAGGAGCAGGCCGAUCCGCGCAUCAUUGUUAUGCCCAUAUGCCCGGCGCUGCAGGGGCCCGACUACAAGGCGGAUAUGGAUGCGGCUGCAGCGGCAUUGGCCAGCGAUGCUGGUGGUGUGCGUCCUUUGUCCGCCAGCGGACAUCCGGCAUGUCAAUUGUGCGGCGUGGGCAUUGUCGGCGUGUUUGUGCGCAUCAAGGACAAGAAUCUGCACGUUGAGUGCUUCAAGUGCGCCACUUGUGGCACCUCUCUGAAGAACCAGGGCUACUACAACUUCAACAACAAGCUCUAUUGCGACAUCCAUGCCAAGCUGGCUGCCCAGCAGCAUCCACCAGCCGGCACCGAGGGCUAUGUGCCAGUGCCCAUUAAGCCGAACACCAAGCUGAGCGCCAAUACCAUCUCCUCGGCCUUGAGCUCCCACGGCUAUGGCAGCAAUGGCUACUCGAAUGGCAAUGCCACGCCUACACCGGCACCGUCCGAGCCAAUGCCAGAGCCUGACUGCAGCAUCAGCAGCAGCAGCGAGCUGCCCCUGCCGCCGCCACCCUCUCCCACACAGCUGUUGCAAUACGAAGCCGAGGAGCUGCUGCUGUUGCCCCAAAACCAACAACAUCAGCACCCGACACAAGGCUCAGCCAACCCACUUGCCGCCCAGCCACACCCAAACCCAGAUCCACAGCAGCAGCAGCAGCAGCAACAGGCCAGCAAACACACACGCAGCCUCUCAUCAAUUUCGAGCGGCUCCUCGCAAACAUCCUCGUCGGGUGUGGGCGGCUGUGCUCAGUUGAGCCCCAGCCUGGUGGCAUCCAGCGCCUCGACGCUGUCCCUGGACAUGGAGCACUCGCCGCAGCAUUCGCGCCAAGCCUCUGGCUCCUGCACGUCGCUGGAUGUGGGCAGUGUUGUGCAGUGUCCCGUUGAUAAUUAUACAAUGUCAAUGCCAUCGCCACCGCCGCCGCCGCCACCAGCGCCCGCACUCACACCGCUGAGGUCCACACAGAAUGAGAAUGACAUGAAUACGCAGAAUAAGAGCCAUAAUGCGUAUAAUCAGCUGCUGAAGCAGUAUGCCAAUAAGCUGCAGCAGCAACACCCAAACAGCAACAACACAAACACAACAGCAACAGCAACAGAAACAACAACAAACAGACACAACAACACGGCCAAGCCAUUCGCAGGCACAACAACAACAGCAACAGCAACAACUGGGCAACUGCAGCCACAUGUCGCCGCGCUGACGGCAACACUAGCUAAUCAAUUGAAAUUUAAUUCACAUCAGGCAACAACAACUGCAGCAGCAGCAGCACCUACAGCUAACAGUAAUCCAGCGCAGUCUGAAAUAAUGUCCGCCCACGUGGCGGAUGAGCAAUCGGCAGCCAUUUACAGCAGCUACAACAACAACAACAUUAACAACAACAACAUGGGCGACUCCGCUGCGUGCACAGGUCCGUGCAUGCAGACAUCCGCGAACGGCUCGGAUCAGCCGUUCGAGUAUGUCACCUUGACCGGAAAUGUGAUACGCAGCGUGCAGCCGCCUGGUAAGGGCGCCGGCGCCAGUUAUCGGGUCAACCAGGGAUAUGCGCGCCCCUACGGCGCCUCUCAGCCGCCAGCGGCAGCGCCCAAGUCGCCGGUGCCGGUAUCCUCGUACCCACCGCAGCAGCAGCAGCAAUCGCCACGCCCCGCUGGCAAUCCCUAUGCCACCUUGCCGCGCUCCAAUGUUGGUCAACAAGAAUUGGAGGAGGAAGGCUUGCAGCCGCAGUUUGAGGAGGAAUGCUAUGAGGUGGACGUUGAGGUCGCCUUGGCCGCCAGUCGACGCUCCCACGGCUCAAGCUUCUCCUGGCCACCGCCACAGGACGAGGGCCACGCGGCGCCAACAGCUGCGCCGCUUUACAUAGCGCCGCCCGAGACGCAGCAUGUGGUGGUGGCAAAUCCUGUGCAGGAGGUGCCACCGCUGCCGCCGGGCAGUGCUACCUCGCGACUCGAUCCGCAGCCGCAAGUGCAGCAGAAGUCUCAACAGGCGCAGCAGUUGCAGCCGGCGCAGGCUCCUCAGUGGCAGAGCUACUCGGCGCCACAGUUGACCAAUCAACUGGUGCAGCAGGCCCAACUCGAACAGGAAUCGAGCUCGGACAGCUACACCUCGACAUCGACAACGACAACAAAUACCUCGGAGGAGUAUCAGCGCAUGUAUGCCGCCCAGCUGCAGGCCUAUCAGAUGCAGCAGGCCUUCGAGCAUUCCGGCUCCGAGCUGGACUAUCAGCUGUACUAUGGCAGCGCACAGGAUGUGCAGGAGUCUGCAUCGGGCCGGCGAAGCGCACAGGAAUGCGUAGACUCGCUCUCAGCACCGCUGAGCACCUACAAGCUGAUCGAUAUGGUAAGGGAGGUGACGCCCAGUCCAGUUCCGGCGGCAGCGACAGCGCCCGCACCUGCUGGACGCCACGUAGCGUUCAACGAUGAGCCCGAAAUCAAGGAGCUGCCCCAGCUGCACACAGAGCUGGAGACGAUACCUGAGUCGGCCACGGAGGCCGAGCAGGCAGCCGCUGUGACAGCCUGGGUAGACGACGACGGGCAGGCUGAUGAUCGGGAGGGCCUGAUCAUCGAUCACCGCUGCCAGAUCCUUGAGAGCGAGCGCAUGUUUCAGCCAACGCCAGAGAUUAACUUUGAAAUAGCGCCCGUGCGCCAACGUCCGGCGCCCUCCAAGAUACCCAAUCCCAUGCCCAAAGAGUGGAUCAAUCCCAUGAUUCGAGUGCUUACCACAGCACCGGAAGUGCCCUUCCAUCUGGUCGAGUGUCCGUUCCCCAAGCCCUGCGAUGAUGAUUUCGAGGCAGCUGCGGCUGCGGCUGCGGCUGCCGACGCAGCUGAACAGACAGCAGUCGUCGUCCCUCCUGCUCCAUCUACUGUUGCCGCUAGCCUACCGACUGCUCCCUCGGACAGCUAUGGCUCAGAGAUUCUGCGCGAGUCUCCACCACGCGGCACUCGGUUCAGUCAAGCAAUGGCAACGGCGCCCGAAUUUCCGGUGCGCUUUGCCCCACCCGCCACGGAGGGUGUGCCGCUGCCCGAGGAGACCGUGCCAUAUAUGCCACCGCCCAUGGACAUGAAACCCUAUCUGCGCGAAGAUUACCGUCCCAAAAGUCCGUUUGUGAGCGCCCUUACUACCGCACCCGAGCGUCCGUUCGAGGGACACUUCGAUCGGGACGUGCCCAUCCAUUUGAUAGACCUACCCACACCCAAGGAGCACCUGACAAUGGGCGAUGCGUUGUGCACGGCGCCCGAUCGCGGCUACACCCCACUGAAUCCCGAGAACGCGACGCAGCGCAUUGACGAGGAGCAGAAGCAGCAGGAACUAAAAAAAUAUGAAUUUCAGGUGCUCGACCAUGAGGAGGAACUGGGGAUCCAGCCGCAGCCGCCAGAGUCUGUCGAAUACUACAGAACGGAGCCGCAGCAGCAGCGCAAAUCGUCAGCAUUUGCGGCAAUGCAAGCAUUCCAGCCGUCUCGCGAACCGCUUUCCUCCUCCAAUCCCAACACAGUUACAAACACGCCGCGCGCCUCUAUUGCCUCCCUGUCCAAAGAACAGACCGAUCUUGAGUACCAAAAGUACUGCAAGGCGCAGCAGCGCAAUCAAAAGCGACUCGACUACUACCACAAAAAAGAAGAGGAGCUCCAGAGCCAGCAACACUCUCACAACCAGACACAGAUGAUCCAUCAACUGAAACAGCAACAACAUCAACAACAGCAACAACACAUUGAGACUAACUCGUCUAACUUGAACUCGAACUCGAACUCGAACUCGCUUGUUACCGCUUCCAAUGCGACUGCUUCCUCUAACUCCUCUUCCACAGUCCAACAGUCCACCAACAGCACCAGCACCAGCACCAGCACCGCCAACUCCAACUCCAAAUCAGCUUACGUCGCCAAAGUAGAGACCCAUGCGCAGGUCCAGGCCAGCAGCCGAUCCACCUUUUCAGCCACAACCGCCUCCAACCUGACAGCUGUAAAUACCGCUUAUAGUAAAUUCGAUGCCCACGAGCUAAUCGAGGAAACCGCCGACGAGCUCGAGCACUCAGAGGUUUUAUUCCCGCCACCGUCCCCGCUCAGCCAUCUCAAGGGCAAAGCCGUACAGUCCGGCCUGCAUAAGGCGGACACCAUACCCAAAUAUCAGCGCAACUGGACAGUGCUGCCCACUCAGAGUCCCAUACGCACACCGGAACCACAAGAGCUGCGCGACAAUGUCCCGCUUGCUUUCGUAGAUGCACCCAAGGCACAAGCGCCCAGCACCGAGACUGUACAUAGACCCAUUGCCAAGGUUUCAACGGGGGGUACGACUGGGCCGGCGCCAACAGCUGCCCGUGGCUCAAUUGCUUCCCAGGGCAAGCCAAUGGUGCAGCCGUCGGUGCCCAUCAUCAUUGAGGAUCGUUCGGGUCCAGUAACUAUGGCUUUUCAAUCACUAGAUGAGUACGAGCGGCCCGACCAGUCGCUGACACCCACGCGGCCCUACACGCCCUCCUCGGUCUCGUCGAUGAUCAACAAGCCGGCACCGAUAAUACCCUUCUACCAGACGACCGAGAAGCUCUGCUUCGACGAGUGCCCAGCGACGCAUGCGCGCGACUAUGAUCAGGGCGCUGCCUCACCUUUUCCGGAUCGCGCACGCUCCCCGGCGCCCGGCCCGCCACCCAAUCCACUCUCGGCCAUACGGGCGCCACGCAUGAAAGAGCCGGACUCAACGCUACUCCCAGUCGCCGCCGGGCCACGCCUGCAGGCGGGCUCCAUAACGACCGGCCAGAGUUAUCAGGGCCAGCUGCUGGCACACUCGGAGCUCAGCACGCAGUCAGGUAGCCAAAGCUACAGCCAGCAGCCGGAAACGCUCACCGAACGGAAGAUUGGCAAUCUCAGCGUACAGCAGCGGGAGCAAUCGUCGCUGCUGCAGCAGCAGCAGCAGUCCCAGCUGCAGAGUCAGACCAAGACCCAAAUAGGCAACACCCAGAUCGAGCGCAGACGCAAAGUGACCGAGGAGUUCGAGCGCACCCAGAGCGCGAAGACCAUCGAGAUACGCACCGGCUCCCACUCGCAGUCCCAAGCGCCAUCACAAGUUCAGCUGCAGUCACAGUCUCAAGUGCAGUCUCAGGCUCAAUCGGAGUCGACGGAACGUCGUCAAUCCUAUGGUCGCACGGGCUAUGUGGCCAAUCAGGCGCGUCGCCUGUCUGGCCUGGAGCAGGAGAUUAGCAGCCUGACCAGCCAGUCGCAGGCCAUCAGCGCCAGGGCUUCCACACUGGGCGAGAGCACCUUUCCCCAGCUACGCUCGCCCACCUUUGAGGAUAGGUUUCCCCUAAAACCGACGGCAGCUGAAGCCAUGACGCCCAACUAUGCGGCUGGACUGGUCGCAGCCAAUAAGCUGCUGGGUCCACCGCCUGGAUUCAAGCAGCAGCAACAGCAGCAGUCCGCCUUCAAGUCCACGUCCGCGUCGGUCUCCAAUUCGCAGCAGCAGCUGCGCUCUCAUGCCAACAGCUCAUCGCUCGCCUCAGCCUCAGCAAUUACAUCCGCAUCUACAUCAUCAUCAGCAUCAGCAUCAAGGUCGGCGCAAGCCAGUCUAACCAAAGCUUCUGCUAUUACUACCACGACUAAUAAUCAAGCCUGCGCCGCCUACAGGGGCGCAGCAGCAGCUGCAGCCACUGGCAGCAGCCUAAGCGCUGCGCUGGCCAAGCUGCCAAAUAAAAAUGCUUCUAAUGCAGCUCAGACUGCGCCAAAGCCAACAAUUGCCGCCGCCGCUGCUCCGCCCGCGCCAGCUAGUUUUCCGCCCAAUAUAUGUGACUUGAACUCUAAUGUUGAUGGUUCCACAGGUGCUGGCGGCAAGAGCGGUGCCUUUGGUGCCACAUCGGCACCGAAACGUGGACGCGGCAUUCUCAACAAGGCCGCCGGACCGGGGGUGCGCAUCCCGCUGUGCAACAGCUGCAAUGUGCAGAUCAGGGGUCCCUUCAUUACGGCUUUGGGCCGCAUCUGGUGUCCGGAUCACUUCAUUUGCGUGAACGGCAACUGCCGUCGUCCGCUGCAGGACAUUGGCUUCGUUGAGGAGAAAGGCGAUCUCUACUGCGAGUACUGUUUCGAGAAGUAUCUGGCGCCCACCUGCAGCAAGUGCGCUGGCAAGAUCAAGGGCGAUUGCUUAAAUGCCAUUGGCAAGCACUUCCAUCCCGAGUGCUUUACGUGCGGCCAGUGCGGCAAGAUCUUUGGCAACACGCCCUUCUUCCUGGAGGACGGCAAUGCGUACUGCGAGGCCGAUUGGAACGAACUGUUCACCACCAAGUGCUUCGCUUGCGGCUUCCCCGUCGAAGCCGGCGACAGAUGGGUGGAGGCACUCAAUCACAACUAUCAUAGCCAAUGCUUCAACUGCACUUUCUGCAAACAAAACCUGGAGGGUCAGAGCUUCUACAACAAGGGCGGUCGUCCCUUCUGCAAGAAUCAUGCGCGCUAAGGUCGGAACAGAUCUUUAACAGCUCGACUUUGGACUUCAGGGAUCACGCACACUAACAACUACACCAACAACAAGGACAACAACAACAACAACAGCAACUCUAUUUACUUGCAACAACAGUUCUUAAAUAAGCCCCAAGCGUAACAGUGAGCUGUUCGCAUAGCUUUUUAUUGCAAUUAUCAAAGUAAAUGAUGCCCAACCAUUAUACUUAAUUUCCUUUUAAUUUGUUUUUUGAACUGUUAACCUAAUUUUAAAUGAACGGAAAUGAAAACUGCAAACGACACGAAAUCGAAUUAGAUAUCACAGUAGCAGACUAUAUAUCCCCAUAUAUAUAUAUAUAUAUAUAUAUCCGACACACACACAAACUAUGUUUAUAUUAUUUAUUCAUCAUAUCAUAAUCGAAUUAUAUACGAGAACCACACCUAUUAUGCUUAUUAUAUAUAUGUAUGUAUUUCACAAAAGUUAUUUAAUUCCGAUGCUGUUGACAAACCAACUAACAAACCGCGCGAAAGGAUUUCAAAUCGAUAUAAGAAAUAUAUAUCCAUCAACCGAAUCCGCAGCUAAUCGGAGCGUAGCCACCUCUACGCAGCUUGACAGCACUUAAUUCGCGAAAUACCAUAUCUAAUUCGUUGCGACCAUAAAUUAUUAAGCCACAAAUUUAAUUUAAAUUAUACCUUUUAAAUGUAUGUUGUAACCCGAUUCGAUAGUAUCUGCAAUUGUUUGUGAUUUGUAGAAAAUCAGUUAAUUAAUAAAUUUCGAAAUCUUUUUCGCGUUUCAA